AUGGCUGCCGGCGACAAUGAUUCAGCAUCUGCAGCAGUAAUGCACCUACAAUUACAAAUUAAACAAGAAGAAACAACAAAAGCACAAGUAAUAGCAAACGCUAAGCUGGAAGAAGCAAAAAUAAAAGCAAACGCCAAAGUACAAAUAGCACAAAUAAAAGCACAUGCCAAAGUACAAACAGCACAAAUAAAAGCAGAGCUUGCAAUGAAAAAAGGAAAAAACACAGAUGAAAUCGAAGGAUCAACGCCAAUGAAUAUUCUAUAUGGACAAUCAUCAUCAAGCAAAAAAAGAUUGAACGCAGUAAUGCAUAAUCGUGGUUUUUACGAUAUUCAUGUACGUGAUAAUGCUCAACUGCUUGAUAUAAAAUCUUUAUUAAAUGAUAAUAAUAAGAUUAAUGAUGAUAUGAUGAAUGCUCUUGAAAAGUGUUUUGAUCCUUUGAAAUUAUGUGAUAAAAAAUUAGAAAGCUCAAUUCAAGGUGCAUUUGAUAGUUCACUUAAUAAUGUAUUUAAUGAACUUAGUGCUUUAACAUCAUUGAAAUAUUUAAACACAUCACAUUGUAAUUAUUUAGAAGAAAAAGCUCCUGAUUGUAGUUUUAUAUUGAAAAAUAUUAAUAUCGACAAGAAUAACCAACGUGCAAUUUUAAAAGAUUUUAUUGUUUGUCUUGGUGAAUUAAAGAGAUUUGAUGCAAAUAUUGUCAAGGAAGAUCCAAUUGGACAAAUAUCGCGUUAUCUAUAUUAUAUAUUAGAUGAACAAAAUCGUGAAAAAGUCUAUGGAUUUUUGACAAAUGCAGAACAAAGUAUAUUUUAUUGUCUUCAAAAGAAACCAUUGUCAGAUAUAUAUGAUUAUUAUGAAAGUAACCCAUUAGAAUUUUUUACUGGCUUGCCUAAAACAUCAUCUGUUCCUGCAAAAAAGAAACAAAAAACGUCGAAUGAAAUUUGUUUAAACAUUGAUACAUUGAAAAUAUUUACAAAAUUCUUAACAAUGGAUUGGGAGUUUUAUGGCUACACAAUGUUAAAUAUAACUCCUAAUGAUCGUUUAUGUGAAGAUAAAUUUAACAUAGAAUCAAAAGCAGGAAGCGGUUUAACUUCAAUAGUUUAUGUUUUAAACCAAAAUAAUGCAAAUGUCAAUAAUGAUACGAAGCGCUAUGUAAUAAAAAUCUCGACAAACGAUGAAUAUUCAGAUUAUUUUAAAAAUGAAGUUAAAAUGUUAGAACCAUUGAAACAAUCACAGAAUUCGAUUAACUUCAAAAAAUAUUUUCAAAAUAUUUUUGCAUCAUCGCCUACAGGUCAUUUUAUAAUAUUUGAAAAUUACUUGACACGUUUGACAUCAUUAACAUUAAUUCAGGCACAACAACUUAUUAAUAUCAUUGAAUAUUUAUAUAAUUGUUGUAUUAUUCAUCGUGAUUUACGUCCAGAUAAUUUGAUGUUAGAUUAUAGUGAACAACAUUUAAAACUAAUUGAUUUUGGUUUUGCUACAACUUAUAAAAUCGAUGAAAUGCCAAAGUCAAUGCCUAUUGAAGGAGCAGUUUCAUAUGCUGGCUUAAAAUUUUUAGAUUAUUAUUUCGAAUUACUAUCGAAUUAUUCAGUUAAUUUCUUUUAUAAUUAUGAACGAACGUUUGAUCUACAAUGUGGAAUAAAUAUCAUGAUGUAUAUGUCAGAUGAUAAUAUUAAAGAGAGAAUGAUAUCAAUUAAAAAAGAGUUGUCUGUUAAAACACGAGUAGCAAGAUUACAUCAUGCAUGGCUUAGUGUAAAACAUAGCAAUGAUAAUUAUUCUGAAUUAUUAAAGUUAAUUAAUUCUUUAACAGAACCACCAAAUUUUGAUGCCAUCAAACGUGAAAUAGAAAAACGUCUAGUAUUUAAAAAUUAA